UUUCCCUAUUAUUUGUAAAUUGUAAGAACAGCUCAAGUCCAACUACCUCGUACGACCGUUAAGAACAAAAAAAACUGAAUCAUAACUUCCCCACCAAUUUUCUCGGUCAAAUUCAUCAGGACCUUAUCUUCCUCCUUCCAUAUGGAUUACAACCCUUUCUUUCAUCGUCACAACAUUAAACACACAAAAAAGACACAACAAUACCUUAACACAGUAAUCCUCGUUUUUGUUUUUUUACUAUGCAUCAUUCAUUUGGGCAGUUUCUGAGGAAAAACCAUCCCAAUCUUCGUUUAAUCUUGGCAUAUUCAAGAGCCAUUUCGACGGAAUCCGGCGGUGGUGGCGGCGGCUCCGGUGGCCGGAGAUUCAACCAUGAGAAGAAAAGGGGUGGCAUGGUUCUUGAAUCAGUGUUGAGAUCGCUUCUCCCCAUUGUUGCAGCUAGCUCAAGUGCAGGGCUUUGUUAUUAUGCAUUUUCUGGGAAAGAUUCUUUGGUUUCUUAUGCUGAUUCUGGAAAUAAAGCUUCAGAACAAAAGUCUGAGAAUAAAACUAUGUUUAUAUUCAAAGAUACAUAUAGGAAAAGGGUGUUCUUCAAGUAUGAGAAACGGUUAAGAAUGCGAAGUCCUCCAGAGAAGGUGUUUGAGUACUUUGCAUCUUUUAAAGCGCCUGGCGGGGAAGUGUAUAUGACUCCAGGAGAUCUGAUGAGGGCUGUGGUUCCCGUCUUUCCUCCAUCUGAAGCAGCAAGUGUGAGAGGUGGAUCUCUGAAAGGCGAGAAGGUGUCUGGUGAAUUGCAUUGCGCUCCUUCAGUGUUCUUUAUGCUUUUCGACACCAACAGUGACGGGCUUAUAUCGUUUCCAGAGUAUAUCUUCUUUGUUACGCUUCUCAGCAUUCCCGAGUCGAGUUUCUCCAUAGCUUUUCGGAUGUUUGACAUUGACAACGAUGGAGGGAUAGAUAAGGAGGAAUUCAAGAGAGUGAUGGCACUGAUGCGAAAUUAUAACAGACAGGGCGCUCGCCACAGAGAUGGAAUGCGAAUCGGGUUGCACGUUUCUGGGUCUGUAGAGGACGGGGGUCUGCUCGAGUACUUCUUUGGCAAAGAUGGCAAUGGUCGCCUUGAGCACGAUAAAUUUGUUCAGUUCUUGAGAGAUUUGCACAUCGAAAUGUUGCGGUUGGAGUUUGCACAUUAUGAUUACAGGUCGCGGGGAACCAUUUCUUCUAAAGAUUUCGCGCUGUCAAUGGUGGCAGCCGCUGACAUGGGUCACAUCACCAAGUUUCUUGAUCGGGUUGAAGAGCUGAACGAUGAGCCACGCCUUAGGGAUGUGCGCAUUUCGUUCGACGAGUUCAAGAGUUUUGCUGAGCUGAGGAAGAAACUGCAGCCAUUUACUCUUGCCAUCUUCAGCUUUGGGAAAUCGAUGAAUGGGAUGCUCUCGAAAGAUGACUUCAAACGAGCUGCUAAGCACGUUUGUGGCAUAUCUCUUACUGAGAAUGUGGUGGACAUGAUCUUUUUCUUGUUUGAUACGAACCACGAUGGGAUUCUAAGCUCGGAUGAGUUCUUGAGAGUGUUGCAGAGGCGAGAGACAGACAUUGCGCACCCAACGGAGAAGGGGUUCGUGGGGAUGAUCUCGUGCUGGCUGGACUGCACAAAAGGCUGUCCUUCCAAGAUUCUUCACUUUUAAACCUGCAAUCACCUCAUGAAACAUGUUCUUUGAACUGAAAAACAUUAUUGUACAGUACAGAUAAAAACACUGCACUUUUCUGCCCUUCGUUCAUUCAAACAGACAGCAGGCUGAUGAUCUCAAGACCUGAAGUAAGUCCUUUUCAACGAGACAAAGGAUUAGUUCUUGUACAGAUGAGAGGAGAAGCUGAUAAGAUGCAUACACAUAUUCAACCAGAAAGGUGUUGUUUAUCAGUUUAUGAUGUAGAGAUUUUUCUUGCAAUUUCACAACAGUACUAGGAACUGUUUUGUGUUAGUUUAGGUAACAGAAUACACUGUCAAAAUGGUUCCUACUGUUUUCAUCUAGUUUAAUGAGAUUGUUCUUUAAGUUUGA